AUGGAAAUGAAAAGUAUUAGCAACAUGAAGGAACUUUUGAAGGGUGAUUUAGUGCCGAUUACAAAUUACAGCCAACCCUUGGGCCCUAUCUAUGUUCUUCGUGGAGGUGGAGGUGGAGGUGGUCGCGGUGGCGGUGGUGCUCGUGGUGGAGGUGGUGCUCGUGGUGGAGGCAGUCGUGGUGGUUGUUAUGAAAAGGGAAAUGGGAACAAUGUACAAGGGGGUGGAAUGAUGGUCAGGAUUAACAGACAACUUAGUCGCGGUGGUGGCGGCAGCGACGGUAGUAGCGGUGGUGGCCGAUCAUCAUCUCAUCUAAUAAUGGUAGAAGUGGUAGUGGGGCAGUUUCCAAAAAGACACCUAACACCUCAACUGGUAAUAAUAAAAAAGAACAAUAAUGGAGGCGGGACAGCUCCAAGGAGGGUACCUGUCGCAGCUCCGAGGAGGGUACCUGUCACUGGUGGAAUAUAUGGAGCUGGUGCGGCAGCUAGCCACAACAAUAAUAAUAACCAUCAUAGUGCAGGUGUGGCUGCACCUCUUGGUAUUUUUUUUUUUACUCGGUCAAAAAUGGAUUGA